UCCCGGUGACGCGAGCCAACCGCGCGACGCUGCGGCUCCUCGCUCAGCCGGCCGCCCGCAUGGCGCUGCGCAGCUUCUGCAGCGCUGAUGGCUCCGACCCGCUUUGGGAUUGGAAUGUCACAUGGCACACCAGCAGCCCUGACUUUACCAAGUGCUUUCAGAACACCGUCCUCACAUGGGUGCCUUGUUUCUACCUCUGGUCCUGCUUCCCCCUCUAUUUCCUCUAUCUCUCCCGACAUGACCGGGGCUACAUCCAGAUGACAAACCUCAACAAAGCCAAAACUGCUUUAGGAUUCUUGCUGUGGAUCAUCUGUUGGGCAGACCUUUUCUACUCUUUCUGGGAAAGACAUCAGGGAGUGUUCCUAGCCCCAGUGUUACUGGUCAGCCCAACUCUGCUGGGCAUCACUAUGCUGCUCGCCACGUUUUUAAUUCAGCUUGAGCGAAGGAAGGGAGUCCAGUCCUCGGGGAUUAUGCUUAUUUUCUGGCUUGUAGCCCUACUGUGUGCCAUCGCCAUCUUGAGAUCUAAGAUCAUUUCUGCCUUAAAAAAGGAUGCCCAAGUGGACGUGUUUCGAGACACCACAUUUUAUGUGUACUUCACCCUCGUGCUUAUCCAGCUUGUGCUGUCCUGCUUCUCAGACAGCUCACCCCUGUUCUCCGAAACUGUCCAUGACCUGAAUCCGUGCCCAGAAUCCAGCGCCUCUUUCCUUUCCAGGAUCACUUUCUGGUGGAUUACAGGGAUGAUGGUGCAGGGUUACCGCCAGCCCCUGGAGAGCAGUGACCUCUGGUCACUAAAUAAGGAGGACACAUCAGAAGAAGUCGUACCUGUGCUGGUAAAUAACUGGAAGAAGGAAUGUGCUAAGUCAAGGAGGCAGCCUGUGCGGAUUGUGUAUGCAUCUCCCAAAGACCCCAGCAAGGCCAAGGGAAGUUCCCAGUUGGAUGUGAAUGAGGAGGUCGAGGCGCUGAUUGUCAAAUCCCCCCAGAAGGACCAGGACCCCUCUCUGUUCAAGGUGUUAUACAAGACCUUUGGGCCCUACUUCCUCAUGAGCUUCCUGUUCAAGGCCCUUCAUGAUCUGAUGAUGUUUGCCGGCCCUGAGAUCUUGAAAUUGAUUAUCAACUUUGUGAAUGACAGGGAGGCCCCCGACUGGCAGGGCUACUUCUACACGGCACUGCUGUUCGUCAGUGCCUGUCUGCAGACAUUGGUUCUACACCAGUACUUUCACAUCUGCUUCAUCAGUGGCAUGCGCAUCAAGACGGCUGUGGUGGGCGCUGUCUACCGCAAGGCUCUUGUCAUCACCAAUUCAGCUAGGAAGUCUUCUACGGUUGGGGAGAUCGUCAACCUCAUGUCUGUGGAUGCCCAGCGCUUCAUGGACUUGGCUACAUACAUUAACAUGGUUUGGUCAGCCCCUCUGCAAGUCAUCCUAGCCCUCUGGCUUCUGUGGCUGAACCUGGGCCCUUCUGUGUUGGCUGGGGUGGCUGUGAUGGUCUUCAUGGUACCCUUCAAUGCUGUGAUGGCCAUGAAGACCAAGACCUACCAGGUGGCCCACAUGAAGAGCAAAGACAACAGAAUCAAGCUGAUGAAUGAGAUCCUCAAUGGGAUCAAAGUACUUAAGCUAUAUGCCUGGGAGUUGGCAUUCCAGGACAAGGUCAUGGACAUCAGGCAGGAGGAGCUGAAGGUGCUAAAGAAAUCUGCAUACCUGGCAGCUGUGGGCACAUUCACCUGGGUCUGCACACCUUUUCUGGUGGCCCUGUCAACUUUUGCUGUCUAUGUGACCGUGGAUGAGAGCAACAUCCUAGAUGCAAAGAAAGCCUUCGUGUCCCUAGCCCUGUUCAAUAUCUUGCGCUUCCCACUCAACAUUCUGCCCAUGGUCAUCAGCAGCAUUGUGCAGGCCAGCGUCUCCCUCAAGCGUCUCCGGAUCUUUCUGUCUCACGAGGAGCUGGAGCCAGACAGCAUCGAGCGGUGGUCGAUCAAGGAUGGUGGGGGGAUGAAUAGCAUCACUGUGAAGAAUGCGACGUUCACAUGGGCUAGGGGUGAACCUCCCACGCUGAAUGGCAUCAACUUCUCCAUCCCUGAAGGAGCUCUUGUGGCCGUGGUGGGCCAGGUAGGCUGCGGGAAGUCAUCUCUGCUGUCAGCCCUGCUGGCUGAGAUGGACAAGGUGGAGGGACACGUGGCUCUCAAGGGCUCUGUGGCCUAUGUGCCCCAGCAGGCCUGGAUUCAGAAUGACUCUCUCCGAGAGAACAUCCUAUUUGGGCACCCCCUGAAGGAACGUUACUACAAGGCAGUGUUGGAAGCCUGUGCUCUCCUCCCAGAUCUGGAAAUCUUGCCCAGCAGGGACCGGACAGAGAUUGGUGAGAAGGGUGUGAACCUAUCAGGAGGCCAGAAGCAGCGUGUGAGCCUGGCCCGAGCUGUGUACUGUAACUCAGACAUCUAUCUCUUUGAUGAUCCCCUCUCGGCUGUGGAUGCCCAUGUUGGGAAGCAUAUCUUUGAGAAGGUGGUUGGUCCCAUGGGCCUGCUGAAGAACAAGACACGGAUCCUGGUCACCCAUGGUAUCAGCUACCUGCCCCAAGUGGAUGUCAUCAUUGUUAUGAGUGGCGGCAAGAUAUCAGAGAUGGGCUCCUACCAGGAGCUGCUAGACCGGGAUGGGGCCUUCGCCGAGUUCCUGCGCACCUAUGCCAGUGCUGAGCAGGACCUGGCCUCAGAAGAUGACAGUGUCAGUGGCUCAGGGAAGGAGUCAAAGCCAGUGGAGAAUGGGAUGCUGGUGACGGUGGGGAAACACCCUCAGAGGCAUCUCAGCAGCUCUUCUUCCCACAGUGGGGAUGCUAGCCAGCAGCACAGCAGCACGGCCGAACUGCAGAAGGCCGGAGCCAAGGAGGAGACCUGGAAGCUGAUGGAAGCAGACAAGGCACAGACAGGGCAGGUGCAGCUGUCAGUGUACUGGGACUACAUGAGGGCCAUUGGCCUCUUCAUCUCCUUCUUGAGUAUCUUCCUCUUCCUAUGCAACCAUGUGUCCGCACUCGCCUCCAAUUAUUGGCUGAGCCUCUGGACAGAUGACCACCCCACUGUCAAUGGGACUCAGGAGCACAGGACGUUCCGACUGAGUGUCUAUGGGGCCUUAGGCAUCUUGCAAGGUGUGUCAGUAUUUGGCUACUCCAUGGCUGUGUCCAUUGGGGGCAUCUUUGCUUCCCGUCACCUGCACCUGGACCUGCUGCGCAAUGUCCUACGCUCGCCCAUGAGCUUCUUUGAGCGUACACCCAGCGGGAACCUAGUGAACCGCUUCUCCAAGGAGUUGGACACAGUGGAUUCCAUGAUCCCCCAGGUCAUCAAGAUGUUCAUGGGCUCACUCUUCAAUGUCAUUGGAGCUGUCAUUAUCAUCCUGCUGGCCACACCCGUCGCCGCUGUCAUCAUCCCACCCUUGGGCCUUGUCUACUUCUUUGUGCAGAGGUUCUAUGUGGCCUCCUCCCGACAGCUGAAACGCCUAGAGUCUGUCAGCCGUUCCCCUGUGUAUUCACACUUCAAUGAGACCUUGCUGGGGGUCAGUGUUAUCCGUGCUUUUGAGGAGCAAGAGCGCUUCAUUCGCCAGAGCGACCUGAAAGUGGAUGAGAACCAGAAGGCCUACUACCCUAGCAUUGUGGCUAACAGGUGGCUUGCUGUGCGUCUUGAGUGUGUGGGCAACUGCAUCGUGCUGUUUGCUGCCCUGUUUGCUGUCAUAUCCCGGCACAGCCUCAGUGCUGGCUUGGUGGGCCUCUCGGUAUCUUACUCGCUGCAGAUAACUUCAUACUUGAAUUGGCUUGUUCGAAUGUCCUCUGAGAUGGAGACCAACAUUGUGGCCGUGGAAAGACUAAAGGAGUAUUCUGAAACAGAGAAGGAGGCUCCCUGGCAAAUCCAGGAGACGGCUCCACCCAGCACCUGGCCCCAUUCGGGCCGUGUAGAAUUCCGAGACUACUGCUUGAGGUAUCGAGAGGACUUGGACUUGGUUCUCAAGAACAUAAAUGUCACCAUCGAGGGUGGAGAAAAGGUUGGUAUUGUGGGCCGUACAGGAGCUGGGAAGUCAUCUCUCACCCUGGGUUUGUUCCGGAUCAAUGAGUCUGCAGAAGGGGAGAUCAUCAUCGAUGGGGUGAACAUCGCUAAGAUUGGCCUGCACCACCUGCGCUUCAAGAUCACCAUCAUCCCUCAGGAUCCUGUUUUGUUCUCGGGUUCUCUCCGCAUGAACCUGGACCCUUUCAGUCAAUAUUCUGAUGAAGACGUCUGGAUGGCCCUGGAGCUCGCUCACCUGAAGGGCUUUGUGUCAGCUUUGCCUGACAAGCUGAAUCAUGAGUGUGCAGAAGGCGGAGAGAACCUGAGUGUUGGGCAGCGCCAGCUUGUGUGCCUGGCCCGGGCUCUGCUGAGGAAGACAAAGAUUUUAGUGUUGGACGAGGCUACAGCAGCUGUGGACCUAGAGACAGAUGACCUCAUUCAGUCCACGAUUCGGACACAGUUUGAAGACUGUACUGUGCUCACUAUUGCUCACCGGCUUAAUACCAUCAUGGACUAUACAAGGGUGAUCGUCUUGGACAAAGGAGAAGUUCGGGAGUGUGGUGCACCCUCUGAGCUCCUGCAGCAGAGGAGCAUCUUCUAUAGCAUGGCUAGGGAUGCUGGCUUGGUGUGAGCUGGGUGCUGGUAUAUCUGGUAAGAACUAUAGGGCCAGCAUCCCAGUGUCUAAGGAUGAGCCAGCAACCCUGGGAACCCAAGCCUCACAGACAGAAACCAAAAAAUAAAAAGAAAACCAAACUAAAAAGAAGCAAAACAGACAAAGCAGCAGCCACCAUCUGGCCCCAUCCUGGAUCUGACCUUGAAGAAACUGGGAGACAGGUGUAUCCCACUUUGAACACACAUCUGGCCUCUGGUACCACUUGUGAGGUUCCUGGAAGUUCACCUGUGCUCUAGCCCUAGCUCACAGCAGGGCCUAGGGCAGCUAAACUUCUGGAGAAAUUGCUGGUGUCGAACACACUAGUUAGUGACCAAACACAGCCAUUGCCUCAUGUCUCUCCAGCCACAUUCAUGGAUGCCAAGGCUUGGAACCUCUCCCUAGCCUGCCAGCUCUUGUAUCACUUCCAUGGCCCUGUUGGUUCCAGAAGAGUGCUUCCUGUCUUCAGACCUGCAGUUGAAAGCAUGGGAACAACAACAAAACAAAACAACACACACACACAAAAAAAAAACCAAACAAAACAACCAAAACCAAAGCUGUUGCCUCUG